AGAAGGUGUUGCACACCUGACAACAAUAAACAGCAAUGUGCGAUGAGUCGGGGUAUCGAAUUGAAGAGCUUCGACCACGAAGGACGACGCAGGUCAAGUAGCGUCGAACUGAGCGGGUCUGCAGAAUGUGUGAGGCAGAAGUUGGAUCUUCUGCGCCGCCAGUCCUCUGAGGAUGCGUCUAGCGCCCUGCCUAUCCACAGCCUGGGGAGAGUGGACAUUGGAGCACGUUUGCGGACCACAAUUCCGGGAAACGAGGAUGCAAGCUGCCGGGUGGAAGCUUGCGGACUCACACUCGAUGAGGCAGCCAGGCGCAUGGCGGAGGAUGGCCCAAAUAAACUCACACCACCAGAGGUGGAAGCCUUAUGGGUGAGAUUUCUGAGGACGGCAUUUGGUGGACUAUUGAACAUACUUCUAUGGAUUUGUGUGUUUGCUGAGGUGAUCUUACUGCUCGUCUAUCCGGGCCAAAAAGACCUGGUGACGCCUGCAAUUUUAUCAGCCGUGAUAUUAAUCACCGCCCUGUUGCAAUUGUAUACAGAGGUGAAGGCACUUUCGUCUAUGGAAGCAUUGCGGGACCUGCAAGUUGGAGAAGCGGUUCAAGUUGUGCGGAUGGACGCUGCACAGCGAUGUGAUUUAUCUGUGUCGGCAGAGGACCUGGUCAAAGGCGAUGUUAUUUUCUUGGACGCCGGGCAGCGAGUCCCAGCAGAUGUGCGCAUCAUACAUUGCAGCAGCUUGGAGGUUGAUAAUUCAACGCUCACUGGGGAGACGAUGCCGGAAUUGCGAUCUUCUGCAGCCGAGCCAGCCAACAUGCUCAGCACAGAGGCGCGGUGUCUCGCGUUCUCGGGUACUUCAAUUCUAAAGGGAUCAGCAACCUGUGUGGUGUAUGCCACUGGAGAUCGUACAUUCCUAGGGCAAAUUGCCAGCACGAUGAAAAGCCGUCCACCCAAAUCAUCUCUAGAAAUCCAGAUUGAACACUUUGUUCACACAAUUGCCCGAGUAGCUCUGGGAGUUACAGGGUUGGUUCUUCUAAGCGACUUGUUGGCGCCAAAAUUACGUUCUUUCUCGGAAAUUUUGGAAAAUUGUGCUACCGCUCUUUUCUCCCAGGUGCCCGAGGGCUUGCUACCGACUGUCACCCUCUCCUUGAUGAUAGCUUCCAGGAGGAUGUCGAGGUUGCAUGUGGUGGUCAAGAAACUCGAUGCGAUAGAGUCCUUGGGAUGUGUCUCGACAUUCUGUUCAGACAAAACUGGAACGCUGACAGCUGGCGUAAUGCAGGUUCAAGAGGUGCUGCUCCCGUUCGGGGAGGCCUUGGAGAUGAAGAGUUUCGAGGCAGAGGUCAGUGGCCGCAAAGGAAGCAUGGAGGCACUUGCAACUGCUGGUUUGCUCAACAACAAUGCGCAGGUGCUGCAGACAUCAAGUGGUGAACUUGACGUCUGCGGUUCGCCGACGGAAGUUGCCAUUUUCAAAGCGGCUUCUACAAUGCUCGGAUUGUCGAUCCGUGAUGCAGCUCCAGAGCAGGCCUGCUUCGAGAUACCCUUCAAUUCCGAGAACAAGUGGAUGCUGACUGUCCACCGCCAGCAGAAUGAGGAAUUUCCUUGCAGAGUUGUCAUCAAGGGUGCUCCUGAGAAGAUCUUGAGCCUGUGCAAAACAGGCCAAGACUUCGAUUGCAAACUAAGAGGGCUCAUGAAGAGGGGCUUGCGGGUUGUUGGCCUGGCCAGCCGGCAGCUGAAGGCAGCAGAAACGCCAGAAACAUUUGAAGGAGCUGCUCUGAGCGAUUGCAACUUCCCGGUCUCCGGCUUUGAUCUCUUGGGUUUCUUUGCUAUCGAGGACCCACCAAGAGAUGGCGUGAAGCAAGCAGUGAUGAAAUGUAAGGAUGCAGGGGUGAAGGUGGUCAUGGUGACUGGUGACCACCCAGCCACCGCCAGGGCAAUCGCAAAAUGUGUCUCAAUUUUGGGGGAAGAUGAAGAAGAUGAUGGAAAGAAGUCGGAGUCUUUCAAGGUCUUGGAAGGUGAUGACCUGGAUUCUCAUUUGCCGGAAGAAGAUUUCAACGGCCUCUCUGCGAGCUCACAGGCGUUUUGGCAACAAGCAGUUCAACGUGCGAGGGUCUUUGCGCGAGUGUCCCCCCUCCACAAGCGAAUCAUCGUGCAGGCUUAUCAGUUUUAUGGUCAAGAUGGUCUUGGUGACAUUGUUGCAAUGACUGGUGACGGUGUCAAUGACGCGCCUGCAUUGAAGCAAGCUCAGGUGGGGAUAGCAAUGGGAAUACGGGGCACUUCGGUAGCGCAGGAAGGAUAGUGAGACCUCCCUGGAUUUGGAUGCAGAGCGCCGGCCUUGUAUUAGCUUUACCUUUUGUAUGUAUAUAAUUUGUUCUUUUUAGUUGCCGCCUGAUGAAAUAGCAGAAUCUGUUAGUUCUCUCUCUCAAUCUUCAUCAAAACCUCUACCCCAUUUGCCUCAUCUUCAGAUUAGCUUGCCUUAGAAUUCUUGUCAUAGUUGAAGCAAGCAGAGAAUAACCCUUUUUCUCCGUGUCACUAGGUUGUGAAGGUGUUGGAUCCAUAGCAGGAAAGCUUAGAGAUCCUUCGGGCUUUGUUUCUUCUGCCCACCAGCCGGGAAAAAGAACAGCCCCUAAGCCAAAUUCCUGGGUUGGUGCCCUUUUGCGUGGUGCUUGAGUCUCUAAGUGCGUGCUGGGGCAGACAAGGAGACUUCCGAAAAGCGGGUUCUAGCGAGAAGGCCUUUGAUAAAGCGGGACACGGAAACAAUGACUUGCCUGUUCCCCCAGAAAAACCGUGAAGGCCAUCUGGAGGCAAAAAGGGUGCAGGCUCUUCUGAACAGGUGGGUUCUGGCACCAAGUUCACCCAGAAAAGAAAUUAAGGAUUGAUUUUUCCCGAAAGCAUUGCGAAG